UGAACAAUCGAUACAGUGUUUAAAUGUUAAGUCUCCUCCUCUAUUUCCGGCGGGCACUGUUCUUUCCUUUCUGUUUCGUCGUCUUGAAAGAGGUUAAACAUGGGUCGUCGACCAGCAAGAUGCUACCGCUAUUGUAAAAAUAAGCCGUAUCCCAAAUCACGGUUUUGCCGUGGUGUUCCUGAUCCAAAAAUUCGUAUAUUCGAUUUGGGCAGGAAGAAAGCAACUGUUGAAGACUUUCCCCUCUGUGUUCAUUUGGUGUCUGACGAAUAUGAACAACUUAGUAGCGAAGCCUUGGAGGCCGGACGUAUUUGUUGCAACAAAUAUUUGGUUAAAUUUUGUGGAAAGGACCAGUUUCAUAUUCGAAUGCGCCUGCACCCAUUCCACGUUAUUCGUAUCAACAAAAUGUUGUCGUGUGCUGGAGCUGAUAGACUCCAAACUGGAAUGAGAGGCGCUUUUGGUAAACCGCAGGGCACCGUUGCUCGUGUGCGUAUUGGGCAACCGAUUAUGUCUGUUCGUUCAAGCGAUCGUUACAAGGCUCAAGUUAUUGAAGCAUUGCGACGUGCCAAGUUCAAGUUCCCAGGUCGUCAGAAGAUAUAUGUUUCAAAGAGGUGGGGAUUUACUAAAUACGACCGAGAGCGCUAUGAAGAGCUCCGUGAUGAUAACCGUCUGGCGCCCGAUGGCUGCAAUGUCAAGUACCGACCCGAGCACGGUCCAAUGGCAGCAUGGGAAAAGGCUCAGCGUGAAGUUUAUGGUUAAACGUAAAAUCGCAUUAUGAAACAAUAAACGAAGAAGACAUUCGAUAUGUCAA